AUGAAACAUCUGCUGACAACAGAAAAACGAGAAGCGAGAAAGAUUUUCAAUUCAUGGUCUAAGAACUUUUUAGAGACAUUAAAAUUUACUCAUCAUGACGACGAAGAAGAAUUAGAAAAAUCAUCGAGCAAUUUCCUACUUCCAUCAGAUUCAUUAGACUUGCUUAGAUACACAACAUUAAGCAGCCCGCGUCUCGUCUCCGCAAACCGCACAGGUUUAAGUCUUAAGGCAUAG